UCGAUUAUGUGAAUCUUCUCAGUUCUGUCCAGUCGCUUGCAAACGUCUGUCAUUCGCACACGUGUUCAUGUUAAUUAUAUAAAAUGUUAUCAUUAAAGUGUUUAAUUGUUCUUUUUGUUUUGCAGUACAUAUGUCAAACUACUUAUUGUCAGCCAAACCUGAAGUUCUUCCGAAAGGACUACAAGUAUAUAGAAGAUACGAAAGCUUUCUAUAAAAUUCAUACGUUACAUAGAACGUGGCAGGACGCUAAGGAGAGAUGCUCCAUGGAAGGUGCGACGCUCUUUUACCCCGAUGAUGAUGACGAGGCGAAUGUCGUUAUCAAUUAUUGGAAUGAAACUCAACCUUUCAGCUGGGUGUACAUAGGCAUAUCAACGCCUAAUGUCAAACAAGUUUUCGAAACUGUUGAUGGUGUACCAAUAACUGACGUGUAUGACAGGUGGGGCCCCGGAGAGCCCAAUGACGCGGGGGGCGUCGAAGGUUGCGUGAUCUUACGUAGAGACGGUACACUCAAUGACGACCAAUGCGAUAAAAAGUAUCCGUUCAUUUGCAAGAAAUCGUUAAGCACUCUUGAAUGGAACGUUUACUGUGAUAUUCCUGAUCAAGGUUACGAAUACGUUAAGAAACUCGGUAGAUGCUAUAAAUUCCAUUUGACACCGAUGAAUUGGACGGAUGCCUUCACAGUUUGUAACACGGAACAGUCAUAUUUAGCCGUUAUCAACUCUCAAGACGAAGCGGACCAUCUAGUCGACAUGACGAGAAAAGCCCCAAAAGACAACGUAGAAGGGAAUUAUGUAAGAGGCGCAGUACAUUUAGGAUUUCAAUUUAAAAGGAACAGAUGGCAAACUAUUAUUAAAAAUAUGCCUUUGCCGGACAGCGGCUAUACUAACUGGGGUGGCGGCCAGCCAGAUGGGAAAGGAGAGGAAAAGUGUGGCUCAAUGUUCUAUAAUGGACACCUCAAUGACAUCUGUUGCGAUCAAAGUUUAUUCUUUAUCUGCGAACACGAGAUAGACUUACUACGUAACAGCUACGUCCUAAGGUUUGGUGACGUGUUCACGGCAAAACCGCAUGACGGAAUGAAGUAAGAACGGCACUGGGAGUUGCAAUCGUUCUACCAAUGACUUCCCAAAUGAGUGAAGAGACGCUUUUAUGCUUUCAAGCGUAGUGGUGAACAUUAAGUGAUAAUUCAGUUUUAAAAGACGAUAUCUGUUUCGGAAGUGGAGGAUAAAAAAAAAACUUGGAAUAAAUGCUAUCUGCAAAAGUACUUACAACCUUUUUUGCCCGAAUAUAAGCAUCAAGAAAUCUAUGAGGUAGGCUGGAAUGAUGUGGUAGAAGAAAACGCACAAUUCGUGGAUUAAUUUACUAUGCCUUAUGUUUCCAUUUGGAUACCAAAGCGGCCCUUCGAAUGGAAAUUUACGGACAGUUGCCUUCCCGACAUCCAGGACCUCCUUCCACGUUGUGUCUCUAUCAUCUCCCGAUGUAAGAUUAAAGACGGGGAUUUCGGCCGGUCUGUAAAAUAUUUGAUUCGAUUUAAUGUGGUGUAAAGGAAUUAUAAUAAAGUAGUUUAAACUAUGCAUCUUAUCUUUGAGAAAAGUUUAUUAAAACGUAAUGGUAUCAAUGCUUCAUGAUAUAAAACUGUAAACUAUGUCGCUAAAGAAAAUAUUUCUUUGAUUGUAGCGAGGUCAUAAUAAUAUAAAUAAAGAU